UCUGCCUUCCAGCUCUCCGGAUUACUGCAGGGGUCAGAGUGGGGGUGUUUUUACACCUGUAGUGGUUCUUUAUCCCAAGAUGCUGUAUUGAUGUUGACAGGAGAGAGAGUCUGUGUUUAUGAGGGCGGCAGGGUCUCCACUGAGGACUGACAGGAUUGGACAAUUGAUGAUCAUCACAGCCUAACGUGCACAGAAGAGGAUCAGAGAUGCCGAGAUUUGGGUUCAGGAUCGCUCUGGUCCUGACCAUUAUAGCCCUGACGUUGUACAGUGAUGGGGUUGAGGGUCAGAGGGCAGGUUGUAAGAAUGUCCACUAUGACCUGGUGUUCAUUCUGGACACAUCUUCCAGCGUGGGCAAAGAAAACUUUGAGAAGAUCCGUCAGUGGGUGUCCAAUCUGGUGGAGUCGUUUGACGUUGGUGAUAACAAGACACGGGUGGCUGUAGUGCGCUACAGUGACCGUCCCACACCUGAGUUCAACCUGGCCAGGUACAAAAGCCUGGAGGAGGUCAAGAGGGCUGCCAAGAACAUCCGCUACCUGGGCGGAAACACCAAAACAGGAGACGCCAUCAGCUACACCACCAACAACAUCUUCACCAUUCAGGCAGGGGCACGGCCUCCUGCCAGGGGCAUCCAGAAGGUGGCGAUAUUGCUGACAGAUGGCAGGAGUCAGGAUUACGUUUUAGAGCCUUCUCUCGCUGCAGCCAAAGCCGGCAUCAGGAUGUUUGCUGUGGGGAUUGGGGAGGCGCUGAAAGAGGAGCUGGAGGAAAUUGCGGCUGAACCCAAAAAUGCCCACGUCUUCCAUGUGACAGAUUUCGAGGCUAUUGAUAGAAUCAGAGGAAGGCUAAGGAGUAGACUCUGUGAGAAUGUUCUGUGUCGUAACAUGAAGGUGGAUGCGGACCAGUUCAUGCCCAACGCUACGAUUGCUGGCCAGAAGGAGGUUCCAGGUUUUGAUCUGAUGGAGUACUUCAACGUGAGGGAUGUUUUGGGAGAGAGGGCUGAGCCAGGCCAGAGCUCCUAUGUGAGGCUGGGAACCAUGCCUAUUGUUCAACAGACAGAAGAUGUGUUUCCACAGGGCCUGCCAGACAAGUAUGCCUUCGUUACCACAUUCAAGUUCAGAAAGACAUCUCGAAGGGAAGACUGGUACUUGUGGCAGAUCUAUGAUAAAUACGGCAUCCCUCAGGUAUCAAUCCGUCUGGACGGUGAGAAUAAAGCUGUGGAGUAUAAUGCAGUGGGGCUGACCAAAGAUGCUGUUCGAGCAGUCUUCCGGAACCCUGAGGUGGACAAUCUGUUUGACCGAAACUGGCAUAAGAUCAGCCUGACCGUGGCCGCCAGGUCUGUGUCUCUUUACCUGGACUGCAAACUCAUCCAGACCCUUCCCAUCGAAGACCGAGAGGACAUCGACAUCCAGGGCAAAACCGUCAUUGGAAAGCGGCUGUAUGAUAGUGUCCCCAUUGAUUUUGACCUUCAGCGGAUGGUGAUCUACUGUGACUCCAAGCAGGCUGAGCAGGAGACAUGCUGUGACCUGCCCGGAGGCCCAUGUCCUAAGCAGCUGGUGACUGAGUCUCCCCCCGCUGAGCUGGUGACUCCGACUCCAACCAGUGUAGAGCAGCAGGGACAAGUUGAAGCAGUCAACUGCUCCUGCUCACCAGGGGAAAGGGGUGAGACAGGCUUGCCCGGCGUGCAGGGCCCUAAGGGUGAAAAGGGAGACCCCGGCCUUAAGGGCGCUGGCGGACCGCAAGGACUGAAGGGACAGAAAGGAGAAGCUGGCAAGGUGGUCUCUAUCAAAGGCGAUAGAGGCGAGAAGGGAGACAGAGGAGUCAGCGGUCAACCUGGGACCAGAGGUGACAAGGGCGAAAGAGGAUCUGAUGGCUUGCCAGGGCUUGGGGGCAAACAGGGAGACAAAGGAGAACAGGGUCAAACAGGGCCUACUGGACCUGCUGGUGUGCCUGGUCCACUGGGACCACAGGGUGCCCAAGGUGAUGCAGGACUCCCUGGAGCUCCUGGUCUCCAAGGUGUUUCUGGUGAUCCUGGCAAAAAAGGAGAGAAAGGAGCACCAGGAGAGAAAGGGCAGCAAGGGUUGGAUGGCUUUCCUGGUAAACCUGGAGUUCCAGGAAAAGAUGGCCUGAGAGGUCUUAUUGGUGUUCCUGGCCCGGAUGGAGUCAAAGGAGAAAAGGGAGAGAGAGGCCCGGCUGGAAUACCUGGAGAUGCGGUCCAGUUGGCAGGCCUGAAGGGAGAAGACGGCGUCCCAGGUCCCUCUGGCCCUGCUGGAGCAGAUGGGCCUCCUGGGCCUCCUGGUCCACCUGGUCCACCUGGCGAGCCUGGAGAGCCUGGAGAAAACGGCCAAAGGGGAAAGAAAGGAGAAAGUGGAUUGCCUGGAGUUGAUGGGCUUCCUGGACCACCUGGUCCUGUGGGCCCUCCAGGACCUUCUGGCAACCCAGGGCAGAUUGGACCUCCUGGACUGCCUGGUGAAUUCGGAUUAUCUGGAAAACCUGGAGAAGCAGGAAAACCUGGUCUUCCAGGAAAGGAUGGUCUGGAUGGUCUCCCUGGAAACGAUGGAGAGAAGGGCCAAAGAGGAGAACCUGGGCUAGAUGGCUUCCCUGGAAAACAUGGUCCAAAGGGUGAUGAGGGACCUCCAGGACCCAGGGGACCACCAGGAGAGAGAGGUGAAGUUGGAUUACCUGGUCAGCCAGGUGAAAUGGGACUGAGAGGAGGACAGGGAGUGCCAGGAGAAAGAGGGAAGGACGGUGCCGCCGGCCCUAAAGGAGAUAAAGGAGACAAGGGUGAAGUAGGACCUAGAGGACUUCCAGGAGAGCCAGGAAAUGUGGCCAAUGUGAUUCCGGAGCCUGGAGAACCGGGGAAGCCUGGAGAGAAAGGAGAAAAAGGAGACCAAGGAAUGCCUGGAGUAGAGGGUCAGAGGGGACUUCCCGGAGAACAAGGCUUCAGAGGACUACCUGGACCUCCGGGAGUGAAGGGAGACAAUGGCGAUAAAGGAGAUGCUGGCAGGAACGGAGACCCUGGUCCUCCAGGGCUGCCCGGCCCCCAGGGGCCUCGGGGUUUGCCAGGCAAUGUGGGAAUCCCAGGCAGCAUCGGCCCACCUGGCAUAGCAGGCCUGAAAGGAGAGAAGGGAGAUGCUGGAAAGCAUGGUCCUUCGGGUCCCCCCGGUCCAGUCGGAGAGCCUGGUCUGAGGGGUGAAGUAGGUUUACCUGGAAAAGGCAAAGAUGGAGCAAAGGGGGAUGCAGGACCACCAGGAAUGCCCGGACCUCAGGGACUGAAGGGUCCACAAGGUAAUCCGGGAAUGCAGGGGAUGCCAGGAGCCAGAGGUCCUCCAGGAGAAGGACUCACUGGACCAGCUGGACCUCCAGGCCCACCUGGCCCAUUAGGAGCAGUUGGGCCAAGAGGAGCUCCAGGAGUGUCUGGGCCUCAGGGACCAGCUGGACACAACGGUUUGCCGGGAAGGCCGGGAGAGAAAGGUUCCCAAGGAGAGCCGGGUAAGGCUGCAGACCUAUCUCAGCUGGACCUCAAGGGUGUAUGCUCGGACUGCCCCCCUGGACCUGCUGGCCCACCAGGAAUACCCGGACCUCCAGGGGACAAAGGCCCUGUUGGACCUCCUGGAAAGAACGGGCAGGAUGGAUAUCAGGGCUUGCCUGGGCCAACUGGGCCUCCGGGACCACCUGGAGCUGAUGGAGCCAAGGGGGUGAAAGGAGACCGAGGCCCUGCAGGAACACCUGGAGAUAAAGGUGAAAAGGGACCCCCUGGACCUCCUGGCUAUCCAGGUGCAGCUGGAACAAUGGGUCAACCUGGAAACGAUGGCAACCCUGGUCCUGCUGGUCCCCCUGGACCUCCGGGUGAAAAGGGUAAAGAAGGACUGAGAGGCAUCCAGGGCCCCCCGGGUCUGCCAGGCUUGAUGGGGAUGCUGGGUAAGCCUGGGAAAGAUGGGCGACCAGGAGAGCCAGGAGAGCCGGGUAAACAGGGGGAACCCGGAGCACCAGGCAGAGAUGGGCUGAGAGGACUUCCUGGUUUUAAAGGCCACCGAGGAGAGCCUGGACCACCAGGGUCAAAGGGUGAGGAAGGGAAACAGGGCCCCCCUGGACGAGAGGGUCAACCUGGAAAAGAUGGCAACAUUGGACCUCCUGGGCUUGAAGGUGUCAGAGGACCAAGAGGAGAAUCGGGUAAACCUGGAGAGCCUGGACCGUCAGGAAAGCCAGGAUCGCCGGGGAAUCCAGGUCUUCCCGGAACCAAAGGAGAGGUGGGAACCCCAGGAUUACCCGGUUUUGCAGGUCCAAAAGGACCCUCGGGCUCGCCUGGUCCCAUCGGCCCUGAGGGCAAACAAGGAAUGCCGGGAAGACCUGGAGACAGGGGAUCCAAGGGAGAUAAGGGUGAAAAUGGUAUAAAGGGAGAUAAAGGCCCAACUGGAGAUCCAGGAAUGCCUGGGAACCCAGGACCUCCAGGCAGGAAGGGCCACACGGGUAUGAUGGGCAUGUCUGGACCACCAGGAGAGGUUGGUCCACCUGGAGCACCAGGCACACCAGGCCAGCCUGGCCUUCCAGGACAAAGGGGAGACACUCCAUCGCUGGAAUCGAUGCGGAGAUUAAUUCAAGAGGAGCUCGCAAAGGAACUCGAAGCCAAACUGGCCUACAUCAUGGCCCAGUUUCAGCCCACACACAUUAAGAGCACGGCUGGACGUCCUGGGCCACCUGGGCCACCAGGUAAAGAUGGACCACCUGGAAGACAAGGACCACCUGGAGAGCCUGGUAUGCCUGGCCAAAACGGAGCAGAAGGUGUCAGAGGUCCAUUGGGUCCGAAAGGUGAAAGAGGUGCCAGGGGAGAAAAAGGAGAAGAUGGCGUUGGACAGCGAGGAGAACCUGGCCCAACUGGCCCUGCAGGUCCAGCGGGAAUGCCCGGGUACGGUAAAGACGGUCUUCCAGGAUCAGCAGGAGCUCAGGGAGAGCCUGGAAAUCCAGGACCUCAUGGUCAACCUGGCCCACCGGGACCCCCUGGACAGUGUGACCCCUCACAGUGUGCCUACUACGCCAGCCUGGCGUCACGACCUCACACUAAAAACGUCAAGGGCACCUAAGCCCCCUGCCACUCCCCUGGACCUAUUUAUGAACUUGGAGAUUCAGUGAAGCAAGAGCUUUUCCUGUCAGUGUCCGGAGAACUUCGGUUUGGGAACACUGAGACGUGCGUAUGUGUGUGUGUGUGUGUGAGUGUGUGUGUGUGUGU